AUGGCUCUCAUCAAAUUGAGUCAAUCUCAAAACCUGCCUUACAUUGCUCUUCAACCAAUAGCCAGCCUCAAAUCUCCCAAGCUCUUCAUGGCCUCAAACUUUCCUUCAAGCGGCCAAUUAAAGGUUGAGAAUUCCAAGAAAUCUUUUAUGCCUCAUGGGAAAGUGCUUGUUCAAGUUACUCACUCCAUCCCACAACAAAAGAUUGAAAUCUUUAAAUCUACGGACGGUUGGGUUGAGAACAACAUUCUAACCUUGCUGAAACCUGUUGAAAAUAGUUGGCAACCACAAGCUUUUCUCCCAGAUGCUGCCUCUGAUGGAUUUGAGGAGCAAGUUAAGGAACUAAGGAAGAGAGCAAUGGAGAUCCCAGAUGAUUAUUUUGUCUACUUGGUUGGAGAUAUGAUCACUGAAGAAGCUCUUCCAACUUACCAAACAUUGCUUAAUACCUUGGAUGGAGUUCGUGAUGAAACGGGUGCAAGUCUCACUUCUUGGGCAAUUUGGACAAGGGCAUGGACAGCUGAAGAGAACAGACAUGGAGAGCUUCUAAACAAGUAUCUUUACUUGUCCGGAAGAGUAGACAUGAGAGAGGUUGAGAAGACAAUCCAAUAUUUGAUUGGAUCAGGAAUGUACCCUGGAAUAGAGAAGAACCCUUAUCUUACUUUCAUUUACACUUCAUUCCAAGAAAGGGCAACUUUCAUCUCCCAUAGGAAUACAGCUAGGCUUGCCAUGGAACAUGGGGAUUCUAAGUUAGCUCAAAUAUGUGGUACAGUUUUAUCAGAUGAAAAACGCCAUGAGAUUUCCUACAGUAAAAUAGUUGAAAAGCUCUUUGAAAUUGAUCCUGACGGAACUGUUGUUGCUUUUGCUGAGAUGAUGAGGAAGAAGAUCACAAUGCCAGCCCAUCUUAUGUAUGAUGAUCAUGACCAUAACCUUUUCGAGCAUUUCUCUGCUGUUGCACAAAGACUUGGGGUUUACACUGCCAAUGAUUAUGCUGAUAUACUAGAGUUCUUGGUGGAUGGAUGGAAAGUUAAGGAGCUAACAGGACUUUCAGCUGAGGGAAGAAAGGCUCAGGAAUAUGUUUGUCUACUUGCUCCAAGAAUUAGAAGGGUAGAGGAGAGAGCUCAAGCAAGGUCUAAGUGA